AUGGCGGUGCUGUCGGUGUUCGCCGCCUUCGACAAGGACGGCGACGGCAAGGUUUCUGUGUCCGAGCUACGGCGCUGCAUGGAGGCGACGCUGGGCGAGGACGUGCCCGAGGAGGAGGCGGCGGUAAUCCUUGCAGCGGUGGACGCGGACGGCGACGGGCUGCUAAACCAAGAAGAGUUCUCGAGACUGGCCGCCGCUGGCACCCAUGAAGAGGACAAUGCCGACAUCAAGCGAAGGUGCCUGAGGGAGGUGUUCGGGAUGUACGCGUCGUCGUCUGCGGAAGACAUGAUUACGCCAGCGAGCUUGAGGCGGACGCUGACCAGGCUGGGGUCGCACGAGCUGCGCGUGGAGGAGUGUAGGGCAAUGAUCUGCAGGUUCGACCUUGACGGCGACGGCAAACUCUCGUUCGACGAGUUCCGGGUCAUGAUGAUGGUCUGA